CUCCAUAAUCUGCUCAUGCAAUAGACGCUGUCCUCUGGUUACCAUCCGAGUCUCCAUCAUCCGCCCCCUCCCCCUCACCGCCUCGUCCACAGCUACGAGUACUCAGAAUCUGGAUCAUCGUCUUCGUUCUCGCCGUUUGCCAUUGUCAUCGCCACCAACUCCCUCGUUGUCUCGUCUCGCCUCGUCUUGGUCCUCGUCGCCCUCUUCAUCGCUGCCGCCGCCCUCGUGAUAUUUCCCCCGCAGUACCAAACACUUCCAGUACUCUGUACUCCGUACAUCAUGUCACAUCCCGAAGAUAUACCCACGGCUUCCCGCAUUCCCGUCCUCUACCGUGCCCUUUUCCUCUACAUUGAGCCAUUUUCCACCCUCGCUGGUGCCGUCCAGGCCCACUACAGACAAUCGCAGUAUCUCCAAUUGACGCAUCCGGCCAGCGCACCGGCACAUGACCGCAUUCCCCUUUCCACUUCCAUCGUCCUCACCCAGUUAGCCAAUCUAUACUUCCUGCUGUGUAUCAACGAGGCCCUGGUACUUAGGUGCACCCGCGACCUCAAAGUUUGGAAGACUUUUCUCUUUGGCCUAUUAGUUGCGGACUUUGGCCAUCUAUAUUCCGUCCGUCUCGUAGGCUCCUGGAUCUAUUGGAAGUUUUGGCAGUGGAACCCAAUGGACGUUGGAAGCGUUCCAUUCGUCUAUCUUCUUGCGAUUGCGCGUAUCCUGUUCCUCGCUGGCGUAGGAUUUGCCAGCCCAAUCAUCACGACAACCACAAAGACAAAGGGAUACACGUACAAAGGAGCCUGAUCUUCACAUGUUUCAAGGUUUGUUGUUUAUUUUAUUCAGGCGCUUCUCAUCCAGAGUUGUAUCAAAGAAUACCAAACAAUAGUGAGCUUCGGAGUCGUACGUUCAGCAUUAUCCAACAUGAGCGAAGACAACCAAUCAUUCGUCCACUGCGUCGUCCACGGCAAGGCCGCCAUUGGACGGUGUCAGAUCUGUGUUAUGGUCGGGUCCGCCUAUCACCCAACAACUAUUUGUGACUAGAAAAUACCACGACGCAACGUACAACAAGAACGCCCAACAACAAGAUGUCAAAGUUUUAUCGUUCCUAUCUGAAAUCCACCACUGUUAAGGCUCUUCUCUCAUACAUUCUCUGAGACAGGUACUCAAUUGCCUGCUGCUAGAUCCAGCUACUGGAUGCCCGGCAUUGGGCACUCUACUCGAGGUCGUGUUCAUCCAUU